CCUCUCUCCUACAUUUUCUGAUGAGGUCACCUUUUUAGGAACACCUUAUUGUUUAUUCCACAGUGGUGGAAGGUUCUAGAAUGCUGCUGGGAACUGAAAGGCAAGGGCCAGUGGUUACACCCUUCUGGAGCGGCGCACACAUUCCUUGGGAGGAGCUUGGGUUUCUGAAGCUUCUGCAACCUUUCCUGGAGCCAGGAUGCCAUGCUGGUUCCAGGCCCAUCGUAUUCCUGAGGAAGGUCGUGCCAGCUGAGCAUAGUGCCUCCUGCUUGCUGGCUGUUGGCGCACAGUGGCUGUAUUCCGAUAUCCCCUCUUCUCCUUUCUCACGCCUCAUGGCCUGUCUGGAGCAGCGAUUCUCACGAAGUCUGAACACCUUUCACCAGCUCAGCUCCUCACACCACCGCUUUCAACUCCCUUCUAAGAAGGACUUCCUUUGCUCUGCCUUCUGAGGUUCGCCCGCGCUCUCCCCAUCUGCUGGAGUCCCGUGUGUGACUGGCGGUGAACCGUGCAUUUCCUGGGUGCUUGUUACAGCGUGUUUGCUUCUGCACAUUGUAAGUUCCACAAGUCAGGGAGACCUCUUCCAAUUUGUCCCCAACACAUCCACAGUAGCCAUACAGUGCCAGCCACAUGGUAGGCAGUCUCUGAGUAUUUGAGGAGAGGUAUGAGCCAGAGAGGGCUGGGAAGUUGGGAACAGAUUUGCCUUUAAUGGGAAUAGGGAGCAGGGUGAGGCCUGGAUCCCAUUCAGGUCAGUAAAUGUUUAUUGAGUGUCUGCCCCUUGUUCUCCUUCAUCAUCAGAUAAUCACAUGUGUUAGUUCCCUGAAAACCAGCUCCCAGGCCAAACAGUGCAGAUGAAAGCAUUUAAUCCUAUAGCAACGACUUUCCCUAAUGGCGGCUGUCUGAAGGUUUCCAUGUGGGUCCGGGAUGAUGGAAGGGGAGGACUCACAUGCUGGGGAGUAUCAAUCAAACAGCAAACCAAAACAAAACACAAAAGCAAGUUGCAUCAAAUAAUUCCUAGAUGCUCCAUUAGAUAUAAAAAUAACUGCUCUUUCCAGUUUAAACAUAUGCUAACUGGAAAGUGAUCUGCCCCCA